AUGGCUUCUGAAGAUCCCACCAAGGUUUCAAUCAAGCUUUUGAUAGACCAAGAAAGCAACAAGGUAAUUGUUGCUGAAGCUGGUAGUGACAUUGUUGAUAUUUUUCGAAGCCUGCUUAAGUUUCCUCUCGGAAACAUUGCACGACUUAUCGGCAAACAUCAAUGUUUACAGCGAGCUGGUUGUUUGAAUAACCUAUAUAACAGCGUAGAAAACCUUAGCCUAACCAGCUUUCGUACUGAUGCAUGCAAGUCUAUGCUGCUUAAUCCUAGAAGCAUUUAUGAAGACGAGUACUCGAAGAAAUUGAAGCUUUACAUGGAUGUUAGUGAGCCUACAGGGUAUUUCCUAUGUAGAACUUAUCUUUGUAUAAAAACUGGUCGUUGGUUUAGUCAUUAUAAAACUUCAAGAUGCAGUUGCGGAGAAUUGAUGGAUAAUCCGACUGAUUUAAAAGUGGGAACAGUUGCAAAUAAAGAUGAAAGUGAGGGAGAAUCAAUGUUUUUCAUAACUGAUGAUUUAACAGUAAUGCACGGUUUGCCAGGUGAUCUUAUGAACAUCCUUCUCAAUUUAGGUAUCAAUAAUGUUUGUCAGAUUGAAGAAAAAGUAGUGGACAUCAGUUCAAAUGAGUCCAUGCUCGUUGCUCCAAAUGUGAAGGUGACAACUGAAAAAGAUAGCAAAACAAGAGUGAAGAUAAUGCUGAGGAAAUCAGAUAGGAAGAUAUUAUAUGGUGAAGCAAGUGAAGAUUUUGUUGAUCUUCUAUUUAGCUUCCUCACAAUCCCUUUGGAAUUUGCGUUGGAACUCUUAGGAGUUGCCCAAUUGAGCUUCCAAGUAUCUGUUCUCAGCAUCCUACAAAAAUUUUGCAUAGCUCAUACGGUUAUUUAA